AUGCUGCUGCGCUCUUUCCUUCGAUCCUUUUCCUCUCGCGCUCUCUCUUCUAUUUCUCAACGCCCCCCGAGGAGAAUAGAAUCGCCAAAACAACUCGCCGCAAGAAUGGCUGCCCUUCCCAACACCUACGACGAGCCCGUCCGUAUCGCGGUUAUCGGUGGCACAGGUCUGCGUGAACUUCCCGGUUUUACCCAGGCUGCCUCGCUCAACAUCUCAACGCCAUGGGGCACCCCCUCCUCCCCGAUAACCAUCCUGCACCACACUGUCAAGGACAAGACCGUCGCUGUUGCGUUCCUUAGCCGCCACGGAGCUCACCACCAAAUCGCCCCUCAUGAGGUGCCCGCGCGCGCUAACAUUGCCGCCCUUCGCUCCAUCGGUGUCCGCACCAUCAUCGCUUUCUCUGCUGUCGGUAGCUUGCAGGAGGAGAUCAAGCCUCGCGAUUUCGUCGUCCCGGACCAGGUCAUUGACCGCACCAAGGGUAUCCGGCCCUUCACGUUCUUCGAGGGUGGCAUCGUCGGCCACGUCCCCUUCGGUGAUCCCUUUGACGAGGGCGUUGCCAAGGUGGUUCGGGCUUGCGGACACAGCUUGGAGGGAGAGGGCGUGACGCUGCAUGACCGCGGCACUCUUGUCUGCAUGGAGGGACCCCAAUUCUCCACUCGCGCUGAGAGCAAGCUUUACCGCUCAUGGGGCGGCUCCGUUAUCAACAUGUCAGCCCUGCCUGAGGCCAAGCUCGCCCGCGAGGCUGAAAUCGCAUACCAAAUGAUCUGCAUGUCCACCGACUAUGACUGCUGGCACGAGACUACCGAGGACGUCACCGUCGAGAUGGUGAUGGGCAACAUGAAGGCCAACGCCGUGAACGCGAAGCACUUUGUCACUGCUGUCCUUGACGAGCUGGCGGCCGAGCACAACUCGGACCUUGUCCAGGCGAAGCAGUAUGCUGGAUCGGUGAAAUUCGGCCUCAGCACACCACAGACACAGUGGUCUCCCGAGGCGAGCGAGCGGAUUAACUGGUUGUUCCCCGGUUACUUCCAAUAG